AUGCGGAGUUCCCUUGAUACUGAUGUGCGUGGAAACCAGAUUAAGAAGUCACAGAAGUUUUUAAAAGAGAAUAGGAAGACACCAUAUCAAAGAAAAACUGAAACACUUUUCUGCAGACUUCACCUUCAAGAAAAACAUCAACAGAAGUUGUCCCCAGCAGAUUACCUUAAAGUUGGUCCAGCUGUGAAACAGGACUACAACAUAUCUGAGAAAGAACUCACUCAUAGUUUUCUUCAGAGGUUAAUGAUGUUAGAUUACAGAGCCAGAUAUAUUCCUGUAAAACAAGACAGUCCUGAUGUGAGCCAUUCAGAAUCUGUUCUUGUGUUUGGUGCUGUUGAAAAAGAUGACGAUGACUUAGAUGCCCUCUUUAGCACCAGGGUAGAUCCUGAUCAAUCAAAACAGAGUCAUGUGCAUCCAAUGGAUGUUCAAAUGGCAGUGUUUCACUGCUCAGACAGCUUUUUAAAGCAGAACAUUAUAACAAAGCUCUCACAAUGUCAGUACGCCUUACCUUUGCUUGUUCCAGACCCAGUCACAAUGAACAUUGACUGUCCUCUGUGGACGUUCAGACAAAUAACAAAAACAUGGAAAAAAACUGAAAUCAAAGAAAAUUCAAACACUGUCACCAUGAAGAGCAUGUCCAUCUGCAAAGCUGAGACAGCCAUGGUGUCAUUUCUCCGCCUGGGUUCACUGUCUGUGUCUAAAUCUCAGCUGAUGAACACUUUGAUCAACGACCGUCACAGCACCUUCUUCCACAGAAACUGCCCAGGUAGUACCAAGUCUCGUCAUUUGAUGGAUGGUGUGGCAGAGAUUGCCUGGUACUGUCCUGCUGGAAAACCCAAUGAUGCCUUCACUGACUGCAUUGCCUUCUGUAAUCUCCAUGGUGAUGCUCUAACAAUAGCAAAACAGCGUGACAUACUGACAGACAAAUCUUCAGUCAAUGUUGUUCUUGUACCAACUCUUGAGAAAGGUGACAAAAGUACUGCAGUUAUCUCUGCCCUUCUCAAGUCUCCAAAGCCUCUCAUUGUUCUCAUUGAUGAUGAGAAUUGUAAAGUGGUUGAGAAAAAACAGGGAAAAUACACAAUGGGUCUAAAGGACAGAAGCCAGUCAGAUGUUUCUGAAGAACUGAAAAGAAUCAUCAGAAGAAUUUUGUCUGGACCACAUGAAUCCUUCCGGCUUGAAACCAUGGCUGAGGUCUCUGGAAUCAGAGUGGAUGAAGAUGACGAAGUCUGCCAGAAUGGGAAAUCUGCUGCAAUGAAAGUAGUUAAUCUGCUUCAGGGAAUGGAUGUUUCAAAGAUCAAAGAAACAUUUCUCCCUUGUCAGGGCCAACUAUGGCAUGAUUGGUGCAAAAAAAAUAAAGAACUGUAUCACCUCAAAGAAAACAUUGAGAAGGAGAAAUGUCAAAAGCAAAAGCAACUGAUGCAAAUACGACAAAAACAAAUCGCUGCUUCCAGUAGUAAACUUAUGAAAUUGUUCAUUGAAAGCCUCUCAUCUUUGCCAUCAAAAGACAAAGAGUAUUUCCUUGAGUGGACUCAGAUCUUGAUAGAUGCUCUCUCCACAGAUGAUGUUUCUUCAAUUCAUAAAAGCUAUGAUAAAAAGUGGUCUGACAUCUUGGCUUUGAAGAAGAAGAAGCAUGAUAAAUCUGAUCUAUUGAGCAGUAAACAAACUGAGCUUGAAAACAUAUCAACAAAACUACAGUCAGCUACUUUUGGCUUGGAGCACAUCUUUAGAGAAAUGGGACAGAUCUAUGAAGCCCAUGCAUCUCUGCAGAAACAAACAAAGAGGGGAAAGACUGACUGGUCUAAAUACCCUGAGCUGGCUGCAGAACUGAUGAUAUCAGGACACCCAAUGGAGCUGAUGGAUGGUGAUGCAGGUCAUGUGCCUUUAACAUGGAUCUCUAGUCUUUUAGAUGAAGUCAUCAAGAAACUGGGUGACAAGAGAGUUUUUGUUUUGUCGGUAUUAGGCGUACAAAGCAGUGGGAAAUCAACAAUGCUCAAUGCCAUGUUUGGCUUACAGUUUGCAGUGAGUGCUGGCAGGUGCACCAAGGGGGCCUUCAUGCAGCUGGUCAAAGUGUCAGAGGAGAUCAAGAAAGACUUUCAGUUUGACUACAUUCUAGUGGUGGACACUGAAGGACUGCGGGCUCUUGAGUUGGCAGGUAACGACACUCUUCACCACGACAAUGAACUGGCAACAUUUGUUGUUGGUCUGGGAAACAUGACACUGAUCAACAUCUUUGGAGAGAAUCCAGCUGAGAUGCAAGAUGUUCUGCAGAUUGUUGUUCAGGCUUUCAUGAGGAUGAAGAAAGUUAAACUUUCUCCAAGUUGUGUGUUUGUUCAUCAGAAUGUUACAGAUAUUGCAGCUGCAGAAAAAAACAUGGAUGGAAAGAGACGGCUUCAAGAAAAACUGGACCAGAUGGCCAGACUUGCAGCCAAAGAGGAGGUUUGUAAUGCUGAGUGCUUCAGUGACAUCAUUGCAUUUGAUGUGCAGAAAGAUGUGAAAUACUUUGCUCAACUAUGGGAGGGAAGUCCACCUAUGGCUCCUCCAAAUCCAGGUUAUAGUGAAAGUGUCCAGGAGCUGAAGACCACCAUCCUAUCUAAAGCUUCACAGUCUGCUGGGAUCACUCUCUCACAGUUCAAAAGCAAAAUUCAGGACCUGUGGAAUGCCCUGUUGAAUGAAAACUUUGUUUUCAGUUUUAAAAACACACUUGAAAUUGCAGUGUACAGAAAACUUGAGGUCCAGUACGGCAACUGGACCUGGGCCCUGCGUAGCAACAUGUUGACCAUUGAGAACCAGCUUUAUACCAGAAUUGAAAAUGGAAAAAGUGACAAGGUUGAGAUUAAUUAUCUUCAUGAAGAAAUGAACGAAACCUUUGGAGAAAUCAAAAAAGCAAUGACAGCAUAUUUUGAUGACGACAGAGAAAAAGAAAUUUUGGUUCAGUGGCAAGGACAAUUUGAAAGCAAAAUCAAGGAUUUUCUUGAUGAACAAGUGAGCGAAGUAAAAAGGAAACUGGAUGAAGUCAUCGAGCAGAAAAAUGCUUGUAAAGAGCUAGAUGAUAAGAAGACAGAGUUUGAGAACAAGCUGCUACAAAAGAGCAAAGAGCUCGCUCAUCAGCUAAAGGACAAGGCAGAAGAUGAAGAGGAACUUGAAAACCACUUCAACUCUGUCUGGAGUGGCUGGGUCCAUGAACUAACUGCAGAUACAAAACCUAUUGAGGACAUCAACUAUGACAAAGAUCAGACAACUAUCCUUCAAGAACUGGGUUUUGAAUGGUCGCUCAUACAUGAAUCCAAGUGCAGUGGUAGAUAUAAAAAAAUAUCACAAGUUGGCAAUUUCAUUGAUUAUGUAGCCUUCAUAAAGCCCCAAGAUCUGUGUAGCACAGGCCAACAAUAUAAUGAGGGAGAAGGGGACACAAGAGGACAGGGAAAAAGUGCUGCAAAGGUCGAAAAAAUAUUUGAAUAUUUUUCAGAAAAAACUGCAAAAAUAGGAAACUACAUCAAAAGUUAUUUUCAGUAUGAAGAACAGCAACAAAUUAGAUCCCUCAUCGAUGAUGUUGAAAAACAUUCCAUUGAUGCGAUUAAGUGCAAGCCUGUAGCCACAAGAGGCUACAGUCCAACUUACUUGCAAGAAGUCGCCAAAAACGUAAAAGAAAGGGUAAAAGACUUUGAAACAAUGUGGAAAUUUGCUUUGAAGAAGGAGUUUACAGUUGAUCUCAUACUGUACGUAUUUUGCAGAGCAGGAAGUUGGAUUUCAGAGUCCCACAAGAAAUUCAAAAUUAACAACGAUGCAAUCACUUGUGUAGAAAGCAAAAAGAUGCAAUAUUACAACAUUUUCAGAAGCUUCUGCAAAGGAAACUCGUCUGCUUUUGUUCUUGGAGAACUGAUCUGUGAGAAACUGAAGAGUUCAACUGUUGAGGCCGUCUGUAACAAGACUGCCAUUGAUCUCGCUGGAGAGAUGAAAUGCAACAUCCCAGCAUUCAAUGGGAACAGGCUGAACUUGGAGAAACAUUUGUUGAAGUCACUGGCAGAGAAAGAGGACUUUGAUGGUUUUAUCACCUACAUCCGACAUCCACAGAAGCAAGUAAGGACUUUCAUAAGAGAGGAAGUACAGAAAUACAUCUUUACAGAAAACAAAGAUAAAGCAAUGAAUAUACUCAAGAAAAAUGUUGAAGACAUCAACAAGCUUGUGAAUCAAGCUUUAUUUGCUGCAACUGAAAAAGUCAAAACCCAAAAAGGAGACCCAGACAUGUGGGUGGAGGAAUUUUCAAAUUUGCUUAAAGAUGAGCUAACAUUUGACACCAUUUCUUGUCAAAACUUCAGUGACAUAAACAGUUAUGACUUUCUUAAAGAACAGAUAGAGAAAGGCCUUGCAUCUGUUAUGAUUGAAGUCAGCAGCCUCUCACUGGAUGAGAUGGAAAAAUUCAGAAUGAAGCCUGAUGAAAUCCUCAUCGAUCAGCUGUGUAACUGCUGCUGGGUAAAGUGUCCAUUCUGUGCAGCUGUUUGUACCAACACACUGAAAGAUCACAGUCCUGACAAACACAACGUCCCUUUUCAUCGCCCCUCUGGGAUUGAAGGAUGGCACACUAGAGGGACAGUGGAACUGGUCACCUUUUUCUGCACAACAUUAGUUGCAAGUGAACGAAAAUUUUACCCCAGUCAUGAUUCAGAUGAGACCUUUCCUUAUAAACAGUAUCAAAGUGCUGGGGACAAGUAUGCUACAUGGGAGAUUACUCCUGAUGCAUCUAAGCUGACAUACUGGAAAUGGUUUGUAUGUCGAUUUCAAAAGCAACUGGAAGAGUACUAUAAAAAAAAAUUCCAGGGCAGAGGAGAAAUUCCCAGUGAGUGGAGAAACCACAGUAAACAAGAAGCUAUUGAAAGUCUGGAUGACAUGUACAAUCUGUGAGUGAUUCACAAACAAACAAGCUCUCCCAAAGUAACAAAGCCUUAGUAAAAAAAUUUGUUUGAUUUUAUUGAAGGAUAGCAACAAUAGCUAAAUUUAGGAUGAAUCGUGAAAGCACCUGUUUAUUA